UACUGCUCGAGCAGACGCCAUAACGACUUACACCCUGCCACUGGGAUGGGAUGAGUCCUUUUUUUCGGCCUGUCACGAAAAACACGUGUUCUCCGGGACGUGGUCUCCAGAUUCAAUAUGCAAUCCAAAGAUGUUUGUUACCUCUGUCUGGGAGUGGAAAUUAAAGGCAUUCAAGGUCGUGAAACGCCAGGAGCAGCUUACCAUGUACUCGAGUCAGCUACACCGUAGAGCGUUGUGCCUAAGAGAUGGGCCUGUAUUUGGUGCCACAUUAGACCAAAAUGAACUUGUGCUCUACGUUUCUAACUGGGAGGAAGAUGCAGUGGUUGUGCGCCGCGUGCUCAGGCCAUAUGAUCUCCGAUUUUUUUCUCAUUUUAUCGAAAGCUACUUCAUGCUAAGUAGAAUUGCGGAAUUCCAAUCGUCUUGGAUCCAGGCCGAAAUGAGAAGGUGGGAUGAAGACCCAAAGAGGCAACGGUCCGAAGUAGAGGCAUCGGCCAAGAAACCUUGGCGACCGAUAUCUAAACCCGACCGCAAACGCAAGCAUUCCGAUGGGAGAGGUCAAGAAGGUCAGCGUGGAGAGGAUACAGGUGAUGAAGGUCUAAUGGAAGAAGGGGAGGACGUUGGAUCUUCAAGGAAACACGAAAUACGAGUCGUGGAAGAUCGGGUUAAAAGAGGCGAUCCACCUCCCAAGGAUGGGUACCCAUUGAGCGAUGUACACCUCUAUAUUUUCGAUCGCCAUCCGGAGCUUCAGCCAUGUUGCCGCAUGCCAUCUAUCUCGGAUUGGUCGAGAGAUACGAGUUCACAUUCUCAAUACCACAAGGGCGUCGGCUUGGGCUCACUGGGACAUACAGUUGUUGAAAAUAUCAGCACGUCUAGUCCGCAGAUAUUACAAGGGCAUGAACGAAGGGGGAAAGUCUCUAAUGACAACGUUCGUAUUGUCGUAGGUGGCGUAGAACCACGGUUGGCAGACAGGAAUGGGCGGCCAUGAUCUCCGAUAUGACCCUUUGAUGCAUUUUAAUACGAAGUAGGUAAACCGACACAAUUCCGAAUAUGUGACAUCCCUUGCUUGUUUCUUUGUGAUGAGUGCAGAUAACUGUAGU